AUGCCUGCUCCUCACGGUGGUGUUUUACAAGAUCUGGUAGCUAGAGAUGCUCCAAAGAGACAAGAGUUAUUGAAAGAGGCUGAAUCUGGUCAAUUGACUCAAUGGGAUUUGACUGGGAGACAGAUUUGUGAUUUGGAAUUGAUUUUGAAUGGUGGGUUUUCUCCAUUGGAUGGAUUUUUAAGUGAAAAGGAUUAUAAUAGUGUUGUGAAUGAGUCUAGAUUGGCUGAUGGGACCCUAUGGACUAUUCCAAUUAAUUUGGACGUUGAUGAGAAAUUUGCCAAAUCUAUUUCUGUUGAUCAGAGAAUCGUGUUGUUGCAGGACAAUGAAAUUCCAGUGGCUAUUUUGACGGUGAAAGAUAUUUACAAGCCAGAAAAGCAGAUUGAGGCUAAGAAAGUGUUUAGAGGUGAUCCUGAACACCCUGCUGUUAGUUACUUGUACAAUAUCGCUGGCGAAUACUAUGUUGGUGGUUCUUUAGAAGCUAUCCAAUUACCACAACAUUAUGAUUAUCCCGGUUUGAGAAAGAGUCCAGCUCAGUUGAGAUCUGAGUUUGAGUCUAGACAAUGGGAUCGUGUUGUUGCUUUCCAAACUCGUAACCCAAUGCACAGAGCUCAUAGAGAAUUGACAGUUAGGGCCGCCAGAGAGGCUAAUGCUAAGGUUUUGAUUCACCCAGUGGUGGGUUUGACUAAACCUGGUGAUAUUGAUCAUCAUACUCGUGUGAGAGUUUAUCAAGAGAUUAUUAAGAGAUAUCCAAGUGGUAUCGCUUUUAUGUCUUUACUACCGUUGGCUAUGAGAAUGGGUGGUGACAGAGAAGCAGUUUGGCAUGCGAUUAUUAGAAAGAACUAUGGUGCUACUCAUUUCAUUGUUGGUAGAGAUCAUGCUGGUCCUGGUAAGAACUCCAAGGGUGUUGAUUUCUAUGGUCCUUACGAUGCUCAGGAAUUGGUUGAAUCUUACAAACACGAAUUGGAUAUUCAAGUUGUUCCAUUCAGAAUGGUUACUUACUUGCCAGAUGAAGAUCGUUAUGCUCCAAUCGAUGAGAUUGAUACUACAACUACGAAGACUCUAAAUAUUUCCGGUACCGAGUUAAGAAAGAGACUAAGAACUGGUGGUCCAAUUCCAGAAUGGUUCUCAUACCCAGAAGUCGUUAAGAUCUUGAGAGAAUCAAACCCACCAAGAUCAAAGCAAGGUUUUGCAAUUGUUAUCGAGGACUCUUUCAAAGUAUCCCGUCAUCAAUUGUCCAUUGCUCUACUAUCGACAUUCUUGCAAUUCGGUGGUGGUAGACAUUACAAGAUUUUUGAUCACAAGGAAAAUGACAGUGAUUUACUAGCAUUGGUACCUGAUUUCAUCCAAUCCGGUACUGGUUUGAUCGUUCCAAAGGAAUGGUCUUCUUCUGCAGUGAAUGCUUCCAAUGUCUACAAACUUGGAGCUUCCGAUAAUGCUGAUAUCAAGUUGGAAAAUGUUGAUGAAUCGAUCCAACACAUUGUUCAAAAGGCUGUUCUCUUCUUAGAAGAUAACGCAUUUAUCAAUUUUUAA